UUCUAGAGAGAGAAAGGGAGAUGUGAUAUAGGGCACGGGAUUUGGCAGGAACUGAAGAAUCAAAGAAAAAACUCAAAUCUUCUUUCGACGACGAACGAGAGGCCUGAAAUCUCUCAGCCUCACGUUCUAUGUAAGGAGCACCUUAUCCUAUCCUUAAAAAACCUUAUUAUCAUCUCCUUUUCAGACUCCCCUCAAUCUCUUUCUCUCUCUUCCCCCUAUCUCUCAUCCUUUUAAGCGUUUCCCUUCUCCUUCACUAUAAAUGAAACACCGCUCUUCUUUUACAUCUCUCAGAGGAACCUUUUCCCCUCCGAUUCUUUCCUCAAAUUCCAAGAAAUAAGCGAUUCAAGGACCAGAUUGUACUUUAAUUCCCUCCUUGUCCAAGUUUUUUUGUGCCAUUGUUUCUUGAUUCAAUAAGAAAUAAGCUUUAGCAUUGCAAAGUAGGCCAGAUUUGGAUCGAAAAAAGAGGGAUGAAGUUCCAUUUCUGUUUCAGAGAUGAAGAUGCUCUUAUUAGCUGAAUUUCUACUGUUUUUUAUCAAUUUUUCGAAGAAAUAAGCGGUUCCUGCAUUGUCGAGACUUCGUUUUGAGGAUUGGAUGAAUAAAUCGAUGAUUGAUGUUAAUUUGAGCUCAAAUUUUUGGAGAAGAGUUCGUUUUUUUUAGCAGCUGCCGUAUCAAUCCGGUCGAGCUAUCUUCUCGCAUCGACAUAGAUUAAUCCGAAGCUCGAAUCUACCAAAGGAUUUAGCAGAUUGCUAAAUUUGACAAUAAACGCAAAAGGCCUCAAAGUACAGAGGUUAAAAGAGGGACAGGAAGAGAGAGAGAGAGAGAGAGAGAGAGAGAGAGAGAGUUUUCAUGGCUCCAAAAACAGGAAAAGCAAAGCAACACAAAACAAAAGGAGAGAAAAAGAAGAAGGAAGAGAAGAUCUUGCCUACUGUUCUGGACAUCACUGUCAAUACACCUGAUGAUACUCACGUUACACUAAAGGGAAUCUCGACGGAUAGGAUUCUAGAUGUUCGUAAAUUGUUGGCUGUGAAUGUAGAGGCAUGCCAUCUCACCAAUUACUCUCUAUCUCAUGAGGUGCGAGGUUCCAGGUUGAAAGACUCAGUGGAUAUCAUCUCCCUCAAGCCCUGCGUUCUCACCAUUGUUGAAGAGGACUACACAGAGGAGCUAGCAAUUGCCCAUAUCAGAAGGCUCCUUGACAUUGUUGCUUGCACCACCUCCUUUGGCUCUUCUGCUAAAAAUCACAGUGACCCAAGAAACCAUGGAACCCAAAAGGAAGCCAUGGCCAAUGGUAUCAGUGCCCACAACAACAGCAAGAAUUCCAAAGGGGUUCCGGAGGAGAAUGAUGGUCCCCAAGAGAAUGGGGAGGUGGGUGCAAGGCCCAAACUAGGGGGCAAAAAAGAAAAUUGCAGCAAUGGGAAGGGGAAACCAGAGGCUUCCAUGGCUUUGGCUUCUGCCACUGAGGCCACUGAGAAAGGAGACUUCUCUACAAUGUGCCCUCCUCCGAAGCUUGGGCAGUUUUAUGAGUUCUUCUCCUUCUCUCACCUCACCCCACCGCUUCAGUUCCUUAGGAAAUCAACACGUCCAUUUGUUGAGGAUAAACGGGAAGAUGAUUUUUUCCAAUUUGAUGUCAAGAUUUGCAGCGGGAAACUAGUAAACAUUGUAGCUUCACGUAAUGGUUUUUACCCAGCAGGAAAGAAGCCCCUUGAGGUUCACUCCCUGGCAGGUCUAUUGCAACAAAUAAGCAGGGCUUUUGACUCAGCUUACAAGUCUCUUAUGAAAGCCUUUGUUGAACAUAAUAAGUUUGGGAACCUUCCUUAUGGAUACAGAGCCAACACAUGGGUUGUCCCUCCGAUGGUUGCUGAUGCUCCAUCAGUGUUCCCUCCAUUACCAGUAGAGGAUGAAACCUGGGGUGGCAAUGGAGGUGGACUGGGAAGAGAUGGACAGCACAAUUUAAGGCAAUGGUCUAGGGAGUUUUCAAUUCUAGCCACUAUGCCUUGCAAAACUGUAGAGGAGAGGCAAAUCAGGGAUCGGAAGGCAUUCCUUCUUCAUAGUCUCUUUGUAGAUGUUUCAGUCUUUAAUGCUGUUGCAGCAAUCCAAAAAGUCAUUGAUAGUAAAAAAAGCUUGCAUAAAUCUGAAAUUGGUCUUCCCAACUCGAUUUUGCAUGAGGAAAAAAUUGGUGAUUUAUGCAUAACAGUGUCAAAAGAUGUACCUGAUGCCAGUACAAAGUUGGAAGCAAAAAUUGAUGGAAGCCAAGCUCCAGGUAUGUCAGCAAAGGAGCUUGCACAAAGGAAUUUGCUUAAGGGGAUCACUGCAGAUGAGAGUGCGACUGUUCAUGAUACUGCUACUUUAGGUGUUGUAGUUAUUAGACACUGUGGAUACACUGCCGUCGUGAAAGUUCCUGUUGCUAGUGACAAGGAAUCAAGUCCUUUAACUCAGGAAAUUGACAUUGAAGAUCAGCCAGAAGGGGGUGCAAAUGCCUUGAAUGUCAAUAGCCUGAGAAUGCUUCUGCAUAAACAAUCUGGUGGAGCUCCACGCUCACGUGGUGCAGAAAAUGAAGACAUACCUGCUAGGUCCUUAGUUCGAAAUGUUCUAGGAGAGAGCUUGGCAAAAUUAUGGGGAGAAUGCAAUAAACAAGAAAAUCGUAUCAGAUGGGAGCUUGGAGCAUGUUGGGUGCAACAUUUACAAAACCGGCCCUCAGGGAAAACUGAACCGAAAAAAACAGAGUCCAAGCAAAGUGAAGAAACUAAGACUGAACCCAUUGUUAAGGGUCUUGGGAAGCAACUUGGGUUGUUGAAGGAGAUCAAAAAGAAGGCAGAUAACAAGAUCACCAAAAAUGAUUCAAUGAAGGAAACUUCAAAAGAGAAUGGCCUGGAUUCUGAAAAGAAGCAGGCUUCGGGAGCUUCUGAUCCUGAGGAGUUAGAGAAGCAAGAAGCUGAAAAGGGAUCACUGUUGAGACAGCUGCUUCCUGAAACGGCAUUUUCACGUCUAAAGGAAUCUGAAACUGGUCUACAUCUCAAGUCACCUGAGGAGCUAAUCGAGAUGGCACAGAAAUACUACACCGAUGUUGCCUUACCCAAGCUGGUAUCAGAUUUUGGUUCCCUUGAAUUGUCUCCAGUGGAUGGACGUACCUUAACAGAUUUUAUGCAUACAAGGGGUCUACAGAUGUGUUCAUUGGGACGUGUGGUCGAGCUUGCCGAAAAGUUACCUCACGUACAAUCUCUUUGUAUACAUGAGAUGAUUGUUCGAGCCUUUAAGCAUAUAUUACAGGCAGUUGUCACCGCAGUAGAAACAACAGAAGAUUUGGCAGGAGCAGUGUCUGCCUGUUUGAAUGUGUUGCUUGGAACUCCACCAGCUAAAUGCCAUGACCAGGAUUUAGCAAAUGAUGAUAAACUGAAGUGGGAGUGGGUAGAAACCUUCCUAUUGAAGAGAUAUGGGUGGAAAUUUAAGAGUGACAGUUGCAGUGAUAUGAGAAAGUUUGCGGUCCUCCGGGGUCUUUGCCAUAAGGUUGGGCUUGAAUUAGUUCCUAGAGAUUAUAAUAUGGAUACACCACACCCUUUCACAAAGUCGGAUAUCAUCAGUAUGGUCCCUGUAUAUAAACAUGUUCCAUGCUCAUCUGCGGAUGGGCGCACCCUGCUGGAAUCAUCAAAGACUUCAUUGGAUAAAGGAAAAUUGGAGGAUGCUGUAAACUAUGGAACUAAAGCUUUAGCGAAACUGGUGGCAGUAUGUGGUCCGUAUCACAGAAUGACAGCUGGCGCAUACAGUCUCUUGGCUGUCGUGCUGUACCAUACUGGGGAUUUCAACCAGGCAACCAUAUAUCAACAAAAGGCUUUGGAUAUAAAUGAGAGAGAGCUUGGUCUCGACCAUCCUGAUACAAUGAAGAGUUACGGGGAUUUGGCUGUUUUCUAUUAUCGCCUCCAGCAUACCGAACUGGCUUUAAAGUAUGUCAAUCGCGCAUUGUAUCUUUUGCAUCUGACAUGUGGUCCCUCACAUCCAAACACUGCUGCAACUUAUAUCAAUGUUGCGAUGAUGGAAGAAGGCCUGGGAAACAUCCAUGUUGCCCUUAGAUACCUACAUGAAGCUCUAAAGUGCAACCAGAGACUGCUUGGAGCCGACCAUAUUCAGACUGCAGCCAGUUAUCAUGCCAUUGCCAUUGCUCUUUCUUUAAUGGAAGCCUACUCAUUAAGUGUCCAGCACGAGCAGACCACACUACAGAUACUGCAAGCCAAACUUGGAAGUGAAGAUCUCCGCACACAGGACGCUGCUGCAUGGCUGGAGUACUUUGAGUCCAAGGCUUUGGAGCAGCAAGAAGCUGCUCGUAAUGGUACACCAAAGCCAGAUGUGACUAUUGCCAGCAAAGGUCAUCUCAGUGUGUCAGACCUUCUUGAUUAUAUCAACCCUGAUUCGGAUCUAAAAGUUCGAGAGAGCCAAAAAAGGGCUCGAAUGAAGAUUAAAGGAAGACCAGGCCAAAACCCUUGGGAUACAGGCAUUGACGACUACCAAAACGAUGAAGUUCCAUCUCCAACAUAUGUCAAUAACAACCAUUACAAUGGACAGGAAAACAAUGCAGAAGCUGCACCCAUCAGUGGACUAGUAGCAAACCCUAAUCCUAAGGAAGAAAAGCUCAUCACAACUGUUGACGACAAUCAUAUAUUGAACCCUGAUAAUACAUUGGAGGAUGUCACAUCCGAUGAAGGAUGGCAAGAAGCUGUUCCAAAGGGACGAUAUCUUGGAAGCCGUAAGCCUGGUCCUAGGAGGCCAACCUUAGCACGACUGAAUUUGAACCAAAUCAAUAGCGCGGAAUCUGCACGAUAUAGAGUAGGAACCAAUGGAAGCGCAAAUGGGAAGAUUCCAACAGCAGGAGGGAAACCCGUGUUUCCCUCUCAAAGGGUUUCCCCUAAUGAAGCUUACCCAACUAGUAGGAAGUCAGUUAAGACUCCAGGCUUUAGCCCAAAACCAAUAUCUCCUAAUAUGGAAAAUGCUGUGGAUUCACCAGCCAUUGCUACAACAGCUACACCUUCAGGGUCUCAGACUACGAAGCCAGCUCCUAAUCUUGCAAGCCCUAAUCUUUCAAGCCCAACCAUCAGUGUCCAUUCCCCUGGUAAGCCCCUAUCCUAUAAAGAUGUAGCCCUAGCACCCCCAGGAACAAUAGUAAAGGCAGUCGUAGAGCAAUUAAAGGAGAGCGCCUCGACAGAGGAUAAUCAGAAAAAUGAGGAGAGAAAAGAGAUUGAAGUGGACCUCAAUUUGGGGAAAGAAGGAAAUGCCAGUAAUGAACAAAAGGAAAUCCCUGUAGAAGAACAGGAACCAAAAAAUUCACCUAUCGAAGGAAAUGAUGUGGUUCCUAAUCAGAUAGAAUUGAAUGAAUCAAAAGAAGAAGUUAGUGAUGAGAGUCUGGUUAUUGAGCCUGAAGGGUCUGAUUCAUGCAAAGAGGCAAAUACCACUUCUGAAUCUGAGUUAUCAGAGGGGGGGACUCUUGACAGGGAUUGCCCAUCUUCUCCCACAGAGCCUCAAUCCAUGGAAAUACAGGAAAACGGAACUAAAGAUACUGUUGAGAACAACAAUCCGUCUCCACGAGAAGACGAAAAAAGUGAGGAAACUUUGAAAGAGACUAACAAGAAACUCUCUGCUGCUGCCCCACCAUUCAAUCCUGGUGCUUCUCCCUCUAUUAUCCCAGUUUUUGGGGGGUCUAUCUCUAUGCCAGGGUUCAAAGAUCAUGGUGGAAUUUUACCUCGUCCAGUUAGUGUUCCUCCAAUGCCUGUUAGUCCAGUUAGGAAACCCCCUCACCAAUCGGCUACAACCAGGGUGCCAUAUGGGCCCCGUCUAUCUGGUUAUAACAGGCCACACAACCGGGGACCAAGAGCCAAGCCCAAUUUGCCAAAUGAUGAGCAUGCCAUUGAUGGGAGCUGCGUUAGUCUGCCACCACGAAUCAUGAAUCCUAAUGCUGCUGAGUUUGUACCAGGAAAAGCCUGGCAACCCCAUAGUCCCCCCAUUUCCCCAACACCUAUUUCUCCCAGUGUUUGGUCAUCAGAAAUCCAUUGUGAAGGGAAUGACAAAGAGAGCACAAAUGUUGAAAAUUCUCUGGCUGAUGUGAGAGAAGAGAAUGGUCAGCAUGAACAGGUCAUAGCAACCAAAGAGACCAACGAGGUCGAGAAUUCUUCAGUGGAAAUGACAGAAGUCUUUGAUCCAGUACGUGGCCAAGCGGUUCAGUCUGAGUCCAAACAGUCUGUUGCCCCCACAAAGUGUUGGGGUGACUACAGUGAUGGUGAAGCUGAGAUUAUUGAGUGUAAGAGUUGAAAUAUUCGAGAAACGCUGAGGAAUAGAGUGGAAUCCUGUAAGGCAUGGCUUUUUACCCAUUCUUGAAGAGGAGAGAGAGUGACAUGAGAACCAAGUAGUAAUUGAGUAAGAAGUUUUUGCUGUGUAAUCAACGCCAGAAAAUGCAGAAUGAAAGCUUCUGGCUUGGAGUGAAACCAUUUAAUAAAAUGGGUCAGGGAAUGUUGUUUAACUCUAUUUGUUGGGGAAAUGAAGAUCUGAACACUGCUGAUAAUUAGCGGAAUCCACAGUCAAAACAAGUUAAGGAAUGUGGGAAUUCUGUAGUGAAGUUAGAAAGCUUGUCUGAGCAUCCUUUUUUUAUUUUGUCAAACUCGAAGGUUUUUGUUUGUGCGUACUCACUAUGUGCUUUUUCACUAUGUGCUUUUGUUUUCUAUGAUCCCAUGAGUAUCAGCUAGUUGAGAGUACAUAUGUAUUAGCUGAUGAGCAUAUUGUGAAUUUUUACGUUGAUUCUAUUUGGGGACGUGAUCAAUAUUUUUGUGCAAUCAGAAUCUAUACUAUUGACUAUCU